UUUCUUGCCUGCGUAUCCGGCGAUGAAAAUUAUCAUCCCUCGCUACAACAAGCCUUUGAACACAUCUCUCAGACAAGCGCCCUGUGUGGUGUAUCGAUUAGUAUACAUGCACGUCUCCGCUAGGUUCGACUCCCAGCUACAGGGUUUAGGAUGGUAUCAAUGUUUCUUUUUGCAAAUCCAUAUCCUUCUCAUGUUCACAGUUCAUGCCGCUCACGUAUAAUUGAAUUGGAUGUAGCGCAGGCCGCUCAUGACUUCUGUUAUACUCCUAGCCCUAGGUCCUGCUUCAACAUCGGCUUUGAUGAGUAGAAUCGAGUACUGCCCACCCACUCAGGAAACAUUGCUUGUUUGGAAUUGUUCUUUUUUCGUCAGUUUGUUUGCGGACUUGAACCCGGGGCCAUUGAAAAGAGCGCGUGUUUCUGUCAUGCACGUUUCCAAUGUCCAAGGGACUUGUUACCAGCAGGCACAUGAACAUAG